AUGGAAUUAGUGGUUGUGAUUCCCACAGACUUCCAGAGAGUAUGCUACCUGGAUAAAGGUAAAAUAAAUAUGUUUGAUCUCAUUUGCUGGUUUAACUGUUGACAUAUUUUAAUAAGAAAUGGGAAGUCGUUGUUAAUUAAUUUCUUAGAUGUAUUCAUUUAUUUUUAAUGGGUUUAAUGAAGUUAGAAUCACAGCCCUUAUAAAUCUCAAAAGUAGGCUAGUAGUGACAGGCCCAUCAUGGUGAACAUUUGAUUAUAGGGUGUUUUCCAGUUUGCCUAAUCAUCUAAUGAUGUGCUUGUCUGACCAGACCCAAUGUAUACUCCACCCAACAGGUGACCUUUAUGAUGACACCACUAUUCACUGUAAUGACAUCGUCCCUGGAACUACUGUCACCCUGAUGAUCUGGCCUUACGAUGGAUGGGCUGAGCUUGUGAUAGCUGCAGCUACUGGGGAUGUACUCAAGGUGAUGUGGCAUAAAAGAAAAACCUAGAAUAGUGUCAAAGUUGCGUCAAUUCAAAUCUGGCAUUAGGAACAAAAGAGGUCAACACGACUUCUAAGAUAUACCAGUUAUUUUAAUUAAUGCAAAAACCUUCAAUGGUAAAUAUGAUGUUUCGUAUAUACGGGCUCUUUGAAAUACCUCGCAGGGCACUUCAGAGAACUAAUCCAUUGUUCUAGGUUCUUGCUCAAAUACUCUGACAGAGAGAAUUUCCCACCUCUCUGCUGACCAAUUAGAGUAGAGACUUGAGCGUGGUUUAGACUUACUCAGCCUAUCCGUUGGCGCACAGGCUAGUCCCCCUCCUCUUAGCGCAUCCCUGUUUCCAGGCAUACGUUCAUCAUAACAACCUGUCAUAGUGAGAAGAGCCAGCUCCCUUAGACACCAUUCCUACGUCCAAGGAAGGUUCACAGAUCACAAAGAACCAGUAUAUUCCAGUAUCUGGAGACACAAAUCCCUAUCUAAUUUUACCCCCUAAAACAGCUCUUUACAUCAAUCACAGCUUGCCAGGUGUCACAACCUACAUUAGCACAGUCCAGAAUGCAUUCUUUCUAAGUUAGUCAUCCCAUCAAUUAUGAUAAUAAUAAAUCCCCAAUAAUCCCCCUUUUCACACCUACUAGGGUGUGAUUCAAAAAAUAAGAAAACACAGGGUGUGAUUCAUUAUAAUACAAUACAAUCAAAAAGAAUCACACUUUUAUUAAUAGGCCAUAAUUAUCCUAAAAAAUAAAAACCCUCAGUCCAUCUACACCCAACUUGCAAAUUGUUACCAGUCAUCAAAGAACAUCAAACCAUAAAACACAGGAUUAAUAGAACACAAAACAUAAGACUAUUAAAACAUAAAACACAAACAGAGAAGUACAUUUUGACUCCCUUUUGACACCCUCUAAGGUGUGAUUCCAAAAAUGUGAAAGGGAAAAUUUAAGAUUCCCUCUGUUGACACCAUUUAUAGUGUCACUCCAAAUAACAGUUUGAACAGAAUAUAAACAACCCUGAGUAUAACAGGAUAUGGAAAUUAAAUCACAUCAAAAAAUGUUAAUAAACGGAAAAAUAAUAAUUUUAACCCUCUAUUUCUCCCCUACACCUAACAUGUACUGAGUUGGCUACCAGCCACCCAGGAAUCCUUUACCUUCACCUCAGGAGGAAUAAACAAUCACAGUGGUUAGUAAAAACAUAAGGUAAUAAAUGAGCAAAAACUGAAAAUAAAUGCGUGUAUAUAUUUUACUACGCAAACCAUGGAUCAUCCAACUUGGUCUCAGAGUCAGUGGCAGAGUCACCCGCAACAUCCUGGGCCGGCAACAACGGCAUCACUCCUGACACCCGCACCACUCCUACCACUGACUUCCUGAGACAGGGAAUGAUACAAGCAGCACAACACAUCAACAAUAAAAACACAAUUACUAGGGUCAGAAAUCCAGUAACCACCAUAGAAGAAUACUUACCGAACCAGUCACUUAACCAGGAGAACAGCCCACCACUCCCCACUCCAUCCAUGCUCUUCAUUUCUGCUGACAACUUAUCCAGGCCAACUAGGGCCUUUGUGAUGCUCCCGUCCGGGCUAGUAUUGUUAGGAAUAAACGUACAGCAUUGUUCCCCAAACAUCUUACACACACCCCCUUGGUUAGCAAGCAACAUGUCAAGUGCUAGUCUAUUUUUCCUAGCCACCCUAGAGGUGGCCUCUAGUUGUUCCGACAUUCCAGUCAGGGCAGUGCGUGUGUAGUUAACAAAUCGCUGUUGGUUAUAAUAGAUGUAAUUUAUCCAAGAUCGCUGUUUAGCAGCAUCUAUGGCAGGUCCUAUGAUUGGCAACAAAUGUCACAACCCAUCAUUCCUGUUGAGUGCCUGGAACUGUAAUGGUACUCCCACAGGCACCCCCAACAGGUUAGAGUGGAUCUCCUCUCCUGCUGACCAUGGGGCACUACGUUUCCCCCGCCUCAUUCUCUCUCUGUCUGGGGCUAGCUGGGCGAUGCCCAAAAGUUGGUCUGAGGAAACAUCAAUAAUGGUCAGAGGUACAAUCAAACUGGCUAAUGCACAAGUGCCCUGCCAGUCCCCCUUUAGAAUCGGGGUUAGUUUUCUAUUUGGUCCACAGAUCCACCACACAUCAGCCACCCCUUUUGUCUGGGUUUUACCCUCUACUGGCCAAGUGCUGUUCAUAGUUACAUUCACAGCACAGUCCCCUGGUGGUAGCCUACCAUAGUUAACACCCUUACCUGUUCCAGCAAUGCAACUGUAAUUACCUCCAUAAGCCUGAACUCCUUCAGAUGCCUUUUGUGGGGGAACCUCAGGGAAAAUCAAACUUAGGGCUUUGCACAGGGUGGUGUUUGGCAGUGAAUGGUAGAACUCUUCCAAUAUGCACUGCCAUCCUUCCCCUUCUCCUAAAGUGAAUGGGUGGGUUGCCAACCCAGGUCUUGCAUGCCCACAGAUAACACAAUUCUGCCUGACCAGUGUCCUAGCCGUAUACCUCAUGUAUGCCAACCACAUAUUUUCUUUCCCUUCAUAACCAGUUUCUGUCCCCAAUUGGUCGCUGUCCAUUAUAUCCCUAACAUUAAUCACCCGAACGGGGUUUGGUACCUUAGUGGAUUGAAGCUGAGCUGGUCCUGGAGUGGUGAUGUGGUUUAACUGGGUCUGUCUCUCCCCAGCUGCAGGUUUGGGUGUGACCACGAUGGUGAACACACCCAUGGUGUCUGGUCCGGAUCGUACUGCUGCUAAGGUGUACACACCUGCAUCUGUAAGUUUAAUGUCUUGGAUGGUUAGUAGGAUUUCAUCGCCUUUACAUGCACCCCCUUUUGACCCCUGCACACCCCUUAUCAUUGAAAACCUAGCUGCUUUAGAAGCAUCUCCUAUUACAUAUGGAUAGCCUCAACGCCAUUCCCAGAAGGUGCCAACAUUUGUAAUCAUAAAAUCCCAAUAUGGACACCACUUUCCCUCACACAGAUAAGUACCUCUCUUUAACACAUGGGGAUACAUUUUGUUACAGUUUUCCUUCUGGUUCCAAUUGCAACCAGUGUCCCCAAUUCCACUAGCCCUAUUCCUCCAUGACCAGAUCUUACAUGGUUCUAGGGACAUCACUUGAGAUUCCCCUUCCUGUAAGGUAAUGACUAUAUUAUGAUACUGACUGGAUGUCACUGUUCCCCAUAGGGCCAGCCCCGCUAGUAACCAUAACAUCUUCCCCGUCUGCAGCCAAGUCCUGUUGUACUUGAUCUAGAGUUCUUCCUGGAAAUAUAUCUUUGGCACAAUGUGUUCUGUGGUACCACAUGUCCUUCUUACUCGUGUUUACCCUCAGCAAGUGACUUGAUACCUCUUUCACCUGAAAAGGCCCUUCCCACCUUGGCUCCGUCCACUUCCUGGAAUGCACCUUCACUCUCACCCAAUCUCCCACCAGGAUGUCUCUGUUCUCGUCCGUGGUUUCAACAGCAGGAGUGCGCACUUCCACCACCUGUUUAGACAAUCUUUCAACAAGAGAAAUUAGUGCCUGCAUGUAGUCUGUAUAUCUGAUUUUUGCAAUAUCUAGCCUAGGCAUACUAAGAUUGUCUGUUGGUGGCCCUGGCAUUCUGCGUCCUGUCAUAAGCUCAUGUGGAGUCAAGUGGGUAUCAGACCCAGGUGAAUUUCUCAUUGACAUUAGAGCAAGGGGUAGGGCAUCUACCCAUUUCAGUAUAGUUCCGGCCAUGAUUUUGGCCAUUUUUCGUUUCAGCGAUUGGUUAGCUCUUUCUACGAGUCCCUGCGAUUGGGGGUGGUAUACUGACCCAAACUUGUGGGUGAUUCCUAGGGCCUGCUCUACCUCCCUUAGGUGUUUAUUCUUGAAAUGGGUACCGUUGUCAGAACGGACCAUUCGCGGGACCCCGAACCUUGGAAUGAGGUCUCGCCUCAGCCACUUAAUCACGGCCUUUGCGUCUUUUCUUGCUGUGGGGAUGGCUUCCACCCAUCUGGUGAAUCUGUCCACCAUUACUAACAGGUACCUUUUUCCUUCCACUUUGUUGUCCUGUCCCAUGUCCGUGAAAUCUAUGCAAAUGUCUUGAAAUGGUGCAUCAGGUAUUGGGAAGCUGCCUAUCACUGCUCCAAGUGACACUUUGUUGUUGUAUUGUUUGCACACUUCACAGCUCUCUGAUGUCUCUCUUGCCAUGUCCAACAUGUGUGGAUGCCACCAUGCUUUCUCAACUGAUUUUACGACACUUUUCCAUCCUCCAUGAGCCUUCUCAUGCUCUUCCCUUAAGAUUGAUCUGAGGAGUUUUGCAGGUCCCACUGUUUUUCCUGUGUGAGAUCUCCAAAUCCCAUGAUGGUCUUGCCUUGCUCCCUGUCUGCUCCAUACGUUCUGUUCGUAGGCCCCUGCUGCUUCUUGCAACUGUCUUACUGUGUCUGUCGUCAACUCCUCCUGUCCUUGAGUGGCUCGUUUUGCACCAUCUUCUGGGCAUUGUAUCCUCCUGCAUCUUUUGCUACUUGAUCAGCCCGAUCAUUUCCUUCACGCACUCUGGUGCUUUCUCUGCUGUGACCUUUGCACUUCAUUAUUGCCACUCGUUUGGGAAGCUGGGUUGCAUCAAUUAACUUCUGUACUUCAAUCUUGUGUUUGAUGGGCUCAUUUGAGCUGGUCACAAAUCCUCUCCUCAUCCACUGUGGUCCAUCAAUGUGUGCAAUCCCAUGUGCAUAGGCAGAGUCUGUGUAGAUGUCCACAUUCUUUCCUUCACUUAGUUGUAGAGCUCUCCUCAACGCCCUAAGUUCAGCUAGCUGUGCUGAAGCUUCAUUGGGACCAAGUUUCUCUGCUUUCAUUACUUCAUGUCCUCCUUCUGUGUCUUGUUUCACCACUGCAUAGGCAGCAGUGUUUCCUUCCUUUGGGUCCUUUGACCUGUAGCAGCAUCCAUCAGUGAACAGGGUGAUUUUGUUCCCCUCCAAGGGUGAGUUUUGCAGGUCCAUUCGGACUUUGAUCUGUUUGGCUGCUCUAUCCUCACAGACAUGUGGUUCUCCAAGACCCAUACCAUCGGUCAUAUUGGUUGCUGUUGUCACAUAUGUAAUGUGCUUUGCAGUGAUGGCCUUUGUUAUGCUGGAUUUUCUUUUACUGGACAGUGUGAAAAGUUUGGAGCCUAUAAAAGCGGUCACCCCAUGAUCUGUAUUGAUUUCAAGUGGAUGUCUCAUCACAAUGUGGGCUGUUUUACCUAUAGCUUUUGCAAUGGCAGCCAUGUGUCUGGCACAGUCAGUCUGUCCUGUUUCAAUGUUGUCCAGUUUCGCGCUAUAGUAGUGUAACACUCUUCUUUCCCCCUUUUGUUUCUGAUACAGGAUGGAAUGUACAUAACCAUCCUGCUCAGAAACAUCCAAACAGAAUGGCGUGGUGUAAUCGGGUAAGGACAGUGCUUCAGCCUGUGCCAGCGUCUGUUUGAGUUGGAUUAAAGCUGCCUCUGCUUCCGGAGUCCACUUAAGGACUGCUGUGAGGUUUCUGUUUCCUGCUUCUCUCAAGAUUGCCUGCAGUGGUUCCACUUUAAGGCAGUAUUCUGGCACGUGCAUUCUGCUAUAUCCAGUAAGUCCAAGAAAUGACAAAAGGUGUUGUACAGUAGUAGGUUUGGGAUGUUCCAAGAUGGAGGUCCUCUGAGCCACAGACACAGCUUGUCCCUUCCCUGACAGCACUCUUCCCAGGAACUGGACACUUCUCCGACAGCACUGCACUUUCUCUUUCUUUACCUUGUAUCCCUUUUUGGCCACCAACAGGAGAAGGGACUUGGUGGCCUGCAAACAAGACUCAGCUGUGGGUGCUGCCAACAGAAGAUCAUCAACGUAUUGGAGUAGUGUCACCCCCUCAGGUAAUGUUAGUUCUUCCAAGUGGCUCUUCAGGAUAGCGUUGAAGAUUCCCGGGGAAUCGCGGUAGCCUUGUGGAAGUCGGGAAUACGUAAAUUGCUGCCCUCUAUAGGUAAAUGCAAAAAGUGGCUGGGACUCUGGAUGUAAUGGGAUGCAGAAAAAUGCAUUGGCGAGAUCCACUACUGUAAACCAAUCUUGGGUGGGUGAAAUGUUCUGUAAGGCCAGAUAUGGGUCUGGUACAGGUCGAACAUCUGGUACAGUUACUUCGUUGAUUGGUCUGAAGUCCUGCACCAUCCUCCAUUUCCCAGUGUCACCUUUCUUUACUGGAAGGAUGGGUGUAUUCCACACAGAACAGGUUGGAUAUAUAACCUGUCCUUUUUGGAGUCAAUUCCCCUCGUCUUCUCUUCACUGAGAGGGUAUUGAGAUUUGUGAACUGGGAUAGUGAGUUCACUUUCUUCUCGAAUGGAGACAACCACUGGUUCUACAUCAACCAGCCCCACAUCUUCAGCACUUGUUGUCCACAGUUCCUCUGGUAGUUGUUUGAAAAUGUUAUGAGUAUCCGGAUGAUCAGUCAUCUCCCUGCCAUGGUAACGUGAUCUCCUCACAACCUCUGGUUUUGACACAUCAUCCACAUUGAGUUUAAUUCUCCAUACUUGAUUUCCCUCAAGGAAUGCACUUUCCACGUUGUAACAAGAGGUUUUGUUCCACCGUAGGCAACUUGCUGCCUUUACCGCUGGUCCCAGAGAUCUUGCCUCAUAUCCAAAUCCCACGAGAAGGGUAACAUGCGGCACAGAAUCACUAGGAAGAGCAAACCAUUUGUCUGUGAGUACCACGUCUCCAUCCAUGACCAUGCAGCUGGUAGCCACUCCUUCUUUGAGUAUGUACAUAUAAUUGCUGGUCACAAUCGGGCGCCUAUCGUCCAUUUCCUCCUCCCAGGCUUCAUCAUAUGCUUCAUCCAAGUCCCUGGUAUAGUUCAUUGUCAUGUGCGGAGGGUCCUCAGGUGGAUAGUAUGCAUUUAAGGUCUGUAUCCAGGCCUUCCAUAGUUGGAACUCUCUGCAUACUCGGGGAGCAUCAGGGUCAGUAUCCAUGAGCUUCAGCCAGUAAACAUAUGCUUCCUCCUCAUCUUCCUCGUUUAGGUGUGUUCCCACAUAUAGCAUGUGAGGGGGGUCAGAGAGUUUUUUCAUGAUUACUGGCAUGAGAUCAUCUAUGGGCGUGAUGGAUGCAUGUAGACCCUCCUGGUUACAAUAUAUACUACAUCCCAGUUUGGAAAGCAGGUCCCUCCCCAUGAGCCCCAUUGAGCAUUCCGGGUUGUAUAGAAACUGAUGGGUAACCUGUUGGUCAUCCCAUACAACCUCCAAUGGAACUGUGUAUGGCUUUCUCAUAAUAGCCCCAGAAACCCCAGAGAAAGCUUGUGUUUUGGUAGUGAGUUGAUAUGUUGCUUGUACAGAAGACCAUGUACAUGUACCUCCAAUCAAACAUGUCACUACCGGCUCUGAACCUGGUGGGAAAGUGUAAAUGUUGGUGGUGGGAUCCUUAUGGGUUUCUGGGCAGCUUCAUUGGUAAUUGUGUUCGUCACCCAGCCAUGACAUGCUGGGCAGGAAGGCAGCGUUAGGCACUGCUGGGUCUUGUUUUCGGUUCUGCUGUUGUGGUGGUUGGUGCUGCUGGACUGGCAUUCCUCCUCCUUGCCAGUUUCCCCAUCCUUGCUGGUAUCUCGGUGCUUGUCUUCUGGACUGUCCCAUGUAACCCCUCCCUCUUUGUUGUCCCUGUCUUGGGAGCUGACAAUAUCUUGCCUGGUGGCCAUGCAUCCCACAGUUAAAACACCCUUGGUCAGCGUAUCUAGGGGUGUAUCCCUGUUGUCGUGGUGGUACAUAGGGUUGCUGGUAUGCGAGUGCACCAUAUCCAGGAGGACCAGAAGGUGCCAUCAUUCCCGUCAUUGCCUGUAUUACAGCAGUAACUGCAGCAGCAGUAUCAUUUCCUGGUGCAGGAGUGGUAGGAUUAGAUGUUGGGGUACUGGUUACCACCAUUUGUUUUCCUGGCUUGUCCUCUGUCAGUUGCUUCUUCAGAACCUUUUUCUGAAGUUGUUUGAGUUCAUCCUCUUCCUUUCGCUUACCCUCUCUCCAUCGUUCCACAUGGUGUUGUGCUAUCUCGGUAAAUUCCGGAAUUGAUUUUGUGGUGAUUGCCACAACUUUUUCACAUUCAGCUCGAGCCUGAUCCGGGAGUCCCCCCAGGCAGUUUGUCAGGAAGAGGUGUUUCAUGGUGUCUUUUCCUGGUUCUUCAUUCCACGCUUGCCUCCAGAGGCACUUAGCCCUCUUCAUGUAUGCUGGUAUUGUUUCAUCGUCAUUCAAUGUCAGAGUUCUCAUCAGUUCGGGUCUGGCCUGGGUAGGAUACUUCCUCCUUAUGACAUCCCAUACGUCACUGCGGUGGGGGUCAAAUCUUGUAGCCGACCCCACUUGCCCUCUCAGUCCCCCAGAGGUCAUUAUCUCUCUGCAUUCCUGGUCUCCCAUACACCUGUUCAUUACAGUAACCAUAUCACCUAUGGUGAGUUCAUCCGCUGCUGUGAGACUCUCAAAAGACUUCACCCAUCUGUGUCCAGAUUCUUCAGGUUGGGGGGGACUUCAGUAUUUUCUCAGAACCUAGCCAUAUCUCUCUGGAUAUGUGUCAAAGAAACAAUACUCAAUGGUACCAAGGUUUUAACAUCACAUUCACCACAGGUUUACAUGUCACAAUAUUGUGCUUAUCUACUCAUAAUAGUUUCAUAAUUUAGUUCACUUACAUCAGACAGUUGUUUCACAAAAUUAAUUUGAAUAAAGCCAAUUUGCAGAUCUUUAGUUAUUUAACAAUAGGUAUCUGCUUACCUUCUUUAAGUUGUCCGGACUUUUUGUGAAACACAGUCCAAUGAAAGAUAUGACCAAUGGGCCGGACAGUACCCAGCGAAGUCCCUUCUACCAGAUCACGUCGGGGUCGCCAAUUGUCAAAGUUGCGUCAAUUCAAAUCUGGCAUUAGGAACAAAAGAGGUCAACACGACUUCUAAGAUAUACUAGUUAUUUUAAUUAAUGCAAAAACCUUCAAUGGUAAAUAUGAUGUUUCGUAUAUACGGGCUCUUUGAAAUACCUCGCAGGGCACUUCAGAGAACUAAUCCAUUGUUCUAGGUUCUUGCUCAAAUACUCUGACAGAGAGAAUUUCCCACCUCUCUGCUGACCAAUUAGAGUAGAGACUUGAGCGUGGUUUAGACUUACUCAGCCUAUCCGUUGGCGCACAGGCUAGUCCCCCUCCUCUUAGCGCAUCCCUGUUUCCAGGCAUACGUUCAUCAUAACAACCUGUCAUAGUGAGAAGAGCCAGCUCCCUUAGACACCAUUCCUACGUCCAAGGAAGGUUCACAGAUCACAAAGAACCAGUAUAUUCCAGUAUCUGGAGACACAAAUCCCUAUCUCAUUUUACCCCCUAAAACAGCUCUUUACAUCAAUCACAGCUUGCCAGGUGUCACAACCUACAUUAGCACAGUCCAGAAUGCAUUCUUUCUAAGUUAGUCAUCCCAUCAAUUAUGAAAAUAAUAAAUCCCCAAUAAUAGUCUACAGCAGUCAUACACAGAGACUCUCUAUGGCUCAGGUCAAUAUUGAUCAUAAUAAAAAAAGAACCAUCAUCAACAAAAAUAGGAAGGAUUACUUUUAUGCUAUUCCAGGUAUUCCUUAAAGAGGUAGGGUUUCAAGUGUCUCCGGAAGGUGGUCAGUGACUCAGCUGUCCUGGCGUCGUGGGGGAGCUUGUUCCACCAUUGGGGUGCCAGAGCAGCGAAUAGCUUUGAAUGGGCUGAGCGGGAACUGUGCUUCCGUAGAGGUAGGGGAGCUAGCAGGCCAGAGGUGGAUGAACAUAGUGCCCUCGUUUGGGUAUAGGGUCUGAUCAGAGCCUGAAGGUAAGGAGGUGCCGUUCCCCUCACAGCUCCGUAGGGAAGCACCAUGGUCUUGUAGUAACAACAUCUCACAGCUGUUAUUACAACAUGUAGACCUUAUUAACUUCACUCUUCCCUUUUUUUAGGAUGAACAUUUCUACUUCUCACACAUAAAAAUGACUAUUUUCCUCUUUAUUUCACGUAGCUCAAGAGUGUGAUGUCCAAACCAGCACCGCCACGUUCCUCCCAUCCCAGUGCUAUGGGUUCUAUGGGUGGAGCUCCCUCCUGGCUCUCUCACCGUCUCUUCUCUGCUCUGUUCAUCAGUGCCCACCGUGGACACAUGCCCGCUGUCCGCUCCCUGCUCCAACAAGGUACCCACCACCGCAGAGGCAAAACAUCUGGAUAUCACCGGCGCACUGGAAAAACCUUGUAUCUCACUUUGGGUGAUUUUGAUCAAUUAUUCUACAUCAAUUGA